AGCUGCUGUGCCGCCAAGAGCGUUGGAGCAGCGAGGCAUUCGCAGCAACGCAUAGCAACGCAGAACCUGCCACCGGUCUCGGUUUGUGAACCCAUAGCCAGAUGACCACAGGUCGAGCAAGCAACGCCUUCCUAGCCAUGCCUGGUCCGGAGUGUUACCUCCUGGGCAGGACUGGGCCUUUCACUCAACUAACACUUGACCAGCAUCAGCCCCCACCCGGUUUCGAAAACUACCAGGGCCUGUUACACUUGGAGACCAUGAAGGCGGCGGCCAGUCUGCUGCCCCUCCCCACCCUGUUGGCUCCGUUGCCGCAGUGCGUCAAGUCCAUCGAUACACCGAAGGAGUCAGGACUUCCAAUCCUGCUGUCCAGGGAGGAUGUCGCUAUUGGAAAAGUGGUGCGCAACCAAGAAGGUGCCGAGAUUGUGUCCCAGUUGCUUGCUGCUGAUGCAUCUGCAACACCCUUGGUGGUGACAUCUCUUCUCCCGGACCUCCCCUUCCUGGCGAGUCACCCGCAUGGCGCCGGCGUCAUCAGUGACCUCUUUGAGGCAUGCCGGAGAGCACCGGACCAUGGGGCAUCGACCAUUCCAGCCUUGACGCGACGCUUGCAGGGAUCCUUGCUGAGGCUCACGAGAGAUCGCUGGGGCUGUCGUGUCAUGCAGGCGGCCUUGGAAGAUGCCGCACCCGACUUCCAGCAGGCUUUUGCCAAUGAGUUGCAAGGCAAAGCCUUGAAACUCUGCCAACAUCUUCAUGCCAAUUUCGUCCUGCAGAAAUAUGUGGAGCUUGUGCCAGCCAGUUCCGCUGGUUUCUUGCUUGAGGAGCUCACACCACAUGCAAUGGAGGUGGCGGUGCACGUCUAUGGCUGUCGGGUCUUGCAGCGCCUCAUCGAACACUGCCCCCGGGAACCACAGCUGGCUUCCUUGCUGGAAUCAGUGUUGAGUGCGGUUCCGCAAAUUGAGAAACUUCUCAAAGAUCCGUUUGGAAGCAACGUCUUGAGGGCAGUGGUGGCCUAUGGAAGCGAUUCGCAGGUCAAGGCUAUAAUGGCAGCUAUUUCUACAAAUGUGCUGAAGUUCGCCAAGCACAAGCAUGCAAGCCUUGUGUUUGAGCGUUGUCUCGAAGCCAGCAGUGAAAGAUCUGGCGAUUUCCCGGAACGUGAUAUGUUGGUUGCCCUCCUCUUGGGAGAUGGUACCAGCCGUGCUCCAUUAGCACAAGUUUUACUGGACCGUUUUGGGAAUUAUUUGGCCCAAAGAAUGAUCCACUGCUGCAAGAGCGAGGAAGAGCCGAGGGUUCUCAAUCUGCUUGCCCGCUGUCUUCCGAAACUUCAGCGAUCCCCCCAAGGGCGGCACAUCACAAUUGCAGCUCAGAAACGUUUUGGCUGCAUGCCCGGCGUGCCCGGGAACAUUGGAAUGAGUGCACAAGCUAGCGGACGACCGUCGGCGAACUUGGGUGCUCAAGCCUAAAUGCUCUCAGGUUAG